AUGGACUUUAACUUCAAGGAGCCAACACUACUCAUCCACGACCUGAUACAUGAGACAAAGCUAGGUAAGCCUGAGGCCAAGAAAGAGCUCGAGAGGCUUCUUGUUGAUAAGUGCAUGUACGACCUCUACAAGUUUCUCGUGGAGAAAAAAGUGCUGGAGCCUGACCACGAGCGAAUGGAAUCGCUACUUAACCUCAAGAAUAAGAAAGUUGAAGAGCUUGAGGAACUUCGAAGGGAAGAGACAGAUAACGAGACGUAUAGAGGUGAAGUCGAUCGAAGGAUUGCAGAGUUAUACUGCCAGAUAAUGGAUACAAAAAGCGGAUUUGAGUGGAUGCGAAAGCUUAUAAGAGAUGACAUGUCACUAUCGUUGAAGAUGGACAUUUUUCUUUGCAAGGCAAGAAUGGGACUGAUUAUAGGAGACAAGAAGGUCGUUGAGGAGAGUAUUGAUAUGGCAGAUGAUACGUAUGAAAGAGGAUGCGAUUGGGAUAGGAGAAAUAGGUACAAGGUAUAUAAAGGAGUAUUCCGGAUGAUGGCGAGACAAUUCAAGGAAGCAGGUGUUUUGUUUAGUGAAGUGUUGCCAUCAUUUGAAUCAAGUGAAGUGGUGAGCUAUUCGCGAGCUGUGCGGUAUAUGAUAUUCUGCGGCCUCCUUGGAUUCGAAAGAAAGGAAAUUGAGACACGAAUUCUCAAGUGUAGUGAUGUGAUGGGAAGCUCUGAGAAACUUGGUGUGCAGCUAGCGACUUCUCUGUUUGAAUGCAACUAUGGGGGUUUUAUGAAUGAUUUGUAUCUGUUCUGUAAAUCUCUCCAAGACGAUGUAUUUGUUGGGAGAUUUGUAAAUCUAUUUUGUCGGGAGAUGCGGCUACGUGUGUACGGACAGGUCCUCGAAAGUUACCGGUUGAUGCUGCUUGAAAAUAUGGCACAAACAUUUGGAGUGAGUGUGGAAUACAUUGAGAAAGAUCUUGGAGAGUUUAUAGUUGAAGGUCGACUGUGGGGUAAGAUAGACCGAAUUUCUGGAGUUAUUGAAGUAACUCCUCGAGAGGGCUUGGAUGCAUCAAGCAUUGUUGGAUAUGGUUGUGAUGUUGUACGUCGAAUCAAGAAGUGUGUUAAAUAA